AUGACGCAGCAAGGUCUCCCUGCAUUCCGCAGUUUCAACCAUGCCAUUUUCCAGACCCUCAAUUCCACUGCAGCUUCUCUAACGCAUGCGCAGCAAGCUCAUGGCCUCCUGCUCAAAACCGGUCAAUCCAACGAAACCCGUCUCGCCACCAAGCUUCUCUCCAUCUACGCCGGUCAUCUCUGCAUUUCCGAUGCAACCCUCGUUUUUGAUUCGAUCCCACAACCCAGUGUGUUCUCAUUCUCUACUCUCAUCCAUGCCCUUUCGAAGCUCAAUCGUUCCGAUAGCGUCCUCCGACUGUUUUCUCGAAUGAUAUCACAAGGCCUUUUGCCCGAUAGCUACGUGCUACCCAGUGCCGUCAAAGCUUGCGCAGGUUUAUCGGCGCUGAAAACCGGACGAGUGGUCCACGGCUUUGCUUCGACAUCUGGUUUUGCUUCAGAUUCAUUUGUUCAUUCCUCCUUUGUUCAUAUGUAUCUAAAGUGCGGUCAGUUAGGAGACGCCCGCAUGAUGUUUGACAAAAUGCCCCAACCAGACGUGGUUACUUGGAGUGCUUUGGUUGCAGGUUAUGCUCGUUGUGGGUUCGCAGAUAAAGCGAAGGAGUUAUUUUUUGAAAUGAGAAAUUUGGGGAUUGAGGCCAAUUCGGUAUCCUGGAAUGGGAUGAUUGCUGGGUUCAGUCAUAGUGGGUUACAUUUAGAGGCGGUUCUUAUGUUGCAGAAGAUGCAUUUACAGGGACCGAGUCCCGAUGGGACAAGCAUUUCUAGUGUUUUAUCUGCAGUAGGGAGCUUGGAAGAUUUGGAUUUGGGUGUUCAGAUACAUGGGUAUGUCAUCAAGCAGGGUCUUGCAUUGGACAAGUGUGUUGUUAGUGCACUUAUUGAUAUGUAUGGGAAGUGUGCUUGCACAUCUGAGAUGUUGCCAGUGUUUGAUGAAAUGAAAGAAAUGGAUGUAGGUUCUUGCAAUGCCUUGGUAGCAGGGCUCUCACGAAAUGGUCUGGUUGAGGAUGCAAUAAGGGUCUUUGCACAAUUCAAGGGCCAAGAUGUGGAAUUGAAUGUUGUGUCUUGGACGUCAAUGAUUGCUUGUUGCUCCCAAAAUGGGAGAGAUGCUGUUGCUUUGGAUAUCUUCAGAGAAAUGCAGGUUGCAGGUGUGAAGCCAAACUCUGUAACAAUCCCUAGCCUACUACCAGCUUGUGGCAGUAUUGCAGCGCUAAUGCAUGGGAAGGCGACCCAUUGCUUCUCUCUUCGAAGGGGAAUAUCUGAUGAUGUUUAUGUAGGCAGUGCAUUAAUUGAUAUGUAUGCAAAGUGCGGAAAAAUCCAAGCAUCACAGCUUUGUUUUAGUGGGAUGCCUAUUAAAAACUUGGUUUGUUGGAAUGCAAUUAUGAGUGGAUAUGCAAUGCAUGGAAGGGCUAAGGAGGUUUUGGAGAUUUUCCAUUUGAUGCGGAAAAGUGACCAGGAGCCUGAUUUUAUCAGCUUCACUUGCGUGUUAUCUGCGUGUAGCCAUGGUGGCUUAACAGAACAAGGAUGGUAUUAUUUUAAGGUCAUGUCCCAAGAGCAUGGGAUUGAAGCUAGGAUGGAGCAUUAUGCUUGUAUGGUGACGCUUCUAGGUCGUGCAGGAAAACUUGAGGAGGCUUAUUCCAUGAUCAAGAAAAUGCCAUUUAAACCUGAUGCUUGUGUUUGGGGUUCUUUGCUUAGUUCUUGUUUGGUUCACAAAAAUGUGAGUUUGGGCGAGACUGCUGCUGAAGAACUGUUUGAGUUAGAACCAGGGAAUCCCGGAAACUACAUUCUUCUGUCCAAUAUAUAUGCGUCUAAGGGCAUGUGGAAUGCUGUAGAUAGAGUAAGGGAUGCGAUGAAGGGGAUGGGCUUGAAAAAGAACCCUGGUUGCAGCUGGAUUGAGAUCAAGAACAAGGUCCAUGUUCUUCUAGCUGGAGACAAAGCCCAUCCUCAAAUGACCCAAAUAAUUGAGAAGUUGUAUAAAUUGAGCAUGGAGAUGAAGAAAGCAGGUUACUAUCCAAUUUCUGACGUUGUGCUGCAAGAUGUUGAGGAACAGGACAAGGAGCAAAUCCUGUGUGGGCACAGUGAGAAGUUAGCAGUUGUGCUUGGGCUUCUGAACACUAGUCCAGGGUCUCCACUCCGAGUUAUUAAGAAUCUUAGAAUCUGUGGUGACUGCCAUGCUGUUAUAAAAUUUAUAUCUAGCUUUGAAGGGAGGGAAAUUUUUGUCAGAGACACAAACCGCUUUCAUCAUUUUAAAGACGGAGAAUGUUCUUGUGCGGAUUAUUGGUGAUUUACAUUAAAUGGUAUAGUGGGGAAAAGCCCCCGGCCAGUGUUCUUCAAAAUAUGGAAGCCAAAUUAGCCAAUGCAUGCCAGUCCUACCUGGAAAGUCCAAUGGGGAAGAACAAGGUGGAGACUUCAAUAAAAUGGUACCACUGCAAGCCUGAAGGUGAGGGAAAUAAACUGUUCCGUUAGAAGAAGGAUGACCACUUGAUCAAGUUUCCUUAUAAAGGCAUGAGGAGCUUGUGUUGGACCAUUUACUUGUCAAUAGCUUGGAUUUUCAAAAGAUUUUCUUCUUCUGGUUAGGAGCAAUUGCAGAGAAGUUCCAAUUUUAACAGUUCUCUUGUUGAAGAAUCAUUUGGAGCUAAAUCAGAGGGAUUAAGGUAAAAUGGUUUUUGGGGUUGAGCUGGAUUUAAAGUUUAACUUGGUGAUGUGGCAGUGAUUGAUGAAGCAGUAGGCGAACUAGAGCAGAUGUAAAUUCCAAUGCUCAGUUCAGCUCAACUCAACACAAAUUUUUUGUGAAUUGCUCCUUGUUGGCUGCAUAAGUACCCAUACAUAACAAAUGCUGGAAGAUAAGGCUUUUCUCCUCCUUUUUUUUUCGCCUCUUUUUUUUCCCCACCUUAUCCCUGUUUGGGAAGUUUUUCUUGGAAUUGAGAUGAUGUAGUCCUUAGCAGAAACAAGAGGGUAAAAUAUAGAUUUCUGAGAAAAGUCAACGCUGGGAUUUAAAGCAUGUGAAGUAAAUGAAGCUCCUGAAUUCUGAAAGCGAGAUUAUGUUCUGAGAUUUAGUUUCCGGAAUGUAUCACUUAGUUUAAAUUUGGUUAGCGGAAUGAAUAGGGUGGAAUUGGACGAAAAUAUAAUAAAAAUUGUGUAGGAAUUAUUAAUUUCGGAAAAAGUCACUAGUGCAAAAGCUUGUGUUGUUCCAUCUUAGCACGGAAUAGGAUAGGGAUUAACAUUCCGAUGUGAAAUUUGGAAACACUUGUUCAUUGACUAUUUUAUGUUGUGGAUUUAAUAGAAUUUUUUGUAUUGACAAUUACUUUGUGGUGUCAAUACAUCUCCCUUUGUGAGCUAUCAAAUCCUCAUAUUUUAUCCCUAACAAUCGACAUUCCAUGAGCUGAAACCUAAUCUUAGGAAUUUGAGUAGAAACCCUAGAAAGAAAUCAAAACGUGGAUGACAUUGGAAAGGUAAAAUCUUUUAAGGAAAACAGACAAUGAAAAGGCAGCAAUGGCUGAUUAAUUUAAUUUUUUUGCUUGAGCAUGUUUUCUUCAUGCAGCAGUUUACAGUUUGCCAAGGUAUCAUUUAUUUGUAUUUUUUUUUUUUUUUGACAUUACCAUCUUUUUAUGUUUUCCUUUGUUACCAGCGUAGGUAUCUUGCGCUCCCCAUUCCGAGCACCUGCUGAAAAUGGAGGAGAGGUUAGAUAUACCGGCGAAGGGAUUGCUGAUGCUGGUUUCAUUGGAGUAUUUGCUUUAGAAAUCACUUGUUGUAGAUGUUGGGAGGGGAUUUUCUAAUUAUAUUAGAACAUAUUGUGGGUAUAUUAUGUAUCAUAAGAUCCCAAAGCAGAACAUUGAAACUGCCUCUGGUAUCGAUUUGGGUUUGAAAGGAACCAACUUUCCUUGAAUAAUUUAUUUAUGCUAUUGGCUUUGUGCAA